GCAAAUUCAAUUUGGAGAGCUUGCUUUGAAAAAAAUUGAAAGCAAAUUAAGACACGAAAUGCUAAUGGACAAGGUUAAGUGAUUGCUGAUAGAGGGGGGAAGUCUAUCUCUACUGCAAACAUCAAUAUGUGUAAGGAGUUGGGACAUUAACCCGCCAGAGGAGGAGCACCGCUAUUACAGGGCCAGAGCUUGAAUGGAUUUACUCUUAUUUACUCACAGCAUCACAGAAAAAAAAGUUUCUCUGCUCAGAACAAUUCCAGGCUAACUCAAAUCAGUUUGAUUUAGGUAAAAAAAAAAAAAAAAAGGUUUCGACGGAGGGGCUCUAACACCAGUUCUCGUCAGUUUAUGGAAACCGUUAUUCAUAGUUUCUUGAACAUUUUGGAAUUAAGCAAGAUAUAUAUUUAUUACGAUGAGAAUUGUUGGAUUUCUAUGCAUUUGUGCGAUAAAGUUUACAACUGCAAGCGUCAGCGAUAUGCAAAAUGAAAACAAAGAUGAUAAGAGGAUACAAAAUGAGAAAACAGCCGCUCUUUUAAAACGAAUUGGUCAGUAUGAGAUGGUGAUUCCCACCCUAGUGGACGAGGACGGCAGGUUCCUGAGUUACAACGUGUCUAACUACGACAGCCAGGGUCGGGUGAGGAGGGACCUAACCAAUCAAGAGAAUCCCUCCACUGUCUUCUACAGAAUAUCAGCCUUUGGUCAGGAGUUCCACUUUAGAUUACAGAUUAAUCGUGAGCUACUUUCGCGCUCGUUUUCUGUCGGAGCCUUUGGUAACGAUGGGGAGGAACACUCGGUGAACAUCCGGCGGAACUGUCACUAUGUGGGCUACAGCAGGAGACCCCACGAGUCCACUGCCGCCAUCAGCAACUGCUUUGGUUUGCAUGGCAUAUUUCAAACACAAGAUGAGGAUUAUUUUGUUGAACCUCUGUGGAAUGAUACAAGUAGUGACAGUGGCAAGGGACACCCCCAUGUUGUCUACAAACGAUCAUCAAUGCAGUUCCCAAAGGAUAAUGUCCACUGUGGCGUCACAGAUAUAUUUAAAAAGAAGGAUAAAACUGUUAAUGACAAUACAAGACACAUAAGGUCCCAGGGGAAAUUGAAGUUAAAGAAGAACCGCAUCCCAAGAUCUGCUGUCAGUCGGGAGAAGAAUGUAGAGACACUGGUAGUGGCUGACCACAAAAUGGUGGAAUAUCAUGGCAAAAAAGUCAUACAAUCUUAUGUCCUGUCCAUCAUGAACAUUGUUGCUAAGUUAUACCAUGAUGCCAGCAUUGGAAAUGCAGUCAACAUAGUGGUCAGCCGGCUGAUUGUUUUUGAAAAAGAGCAGGCUAACCUGACAUUGAAUCAUGAUGCUGACCAAUCCCUGUACAAUUUCUGUAAGUGGCAGCACUUUCUGAACUUUUCCUCCUCUUCGGGUCAUGGAGGAAUGUACCAUGACAAUGCUGUUUUACUGACAGGAUAUGACAUUUGUUCAUACAAGAACGAGCCCUGUGGAACUUUAGGUCUGGCCCCUCUGAGUGGGAUGUGUGGGGGAGACAGAAGCUGCAGUAUCAAUGAGGACAUUGGCCUGGCCUCCGCCUUCACCAUCGCCCAUGAAAUCGGACACAAUUUUGGAAUGCGACAUGAUGGGUUAGGGAAUGACUGUGGUGUACCAGGGUCCAAUAUGACGGCUGGACUAAUGGCAGCUCAACUGUCCAAAGAAACACGCCCAUUUAACUGGUCCUUUUGUAGUCGUAACUACAUCACAGAGUUCAUUGACUCUGAGAAGAGUGCCUGUUUGGACAACAGUCCUGUGGUACAUGUGAAGCACAUUGACCCCAGAGUACAAGAGGUCAAGAGGGACAGCACGGAGCAGUGUAAGAUCAUGUACAACAGCCAGUCCAGGAGCUGUAAGCCCGAGUUGGUUUGUAGUGAGCUGUGGUGUGUGGAUGAGCAAGGAGAGUGUAAAACCAAGGGAAUUCCUGCAGCAGAUGGGACUGGCUGUUACAUCACCAACACCAAGGAGAAAGGGUGGUGUUACCAGGGAGAGUGUCGCGCCCUUGACUACCAGCCGAAGCCGGUGGACGGUUCUUGGGGACAGUGGUUAAGCUGGGACAUGUGUACACGUACCUGUGGCGGGGGCAUUGAGUCAAGCUUCAGAAGAUGUAACGAUCCAGAGCCCAGACAUGGAGGAAAGUAUUGUGUUGGACAGAGAAAAAGAUACCGGUCCUGUAACAUUGAGGCAUGUCAGAACAGCGAAAAAGAUUUCCGAGAACUUCAGUGUGAGGAUUUCAACAAGAAACCUUUCAGGGGGAAAUACUACAACUGGAAGCCUUUCUCUGGGGCUCAUGACAAGCCCUGUGCAUUGAAUUGUAUUGCUGACGGUUUUAACUUCUACACCGAACAAGCCCGUAAAGUGAUUGAUGGAACCAAAUGUUACCCAGACAAAAUGGAUAUGUGUAUCAAUGGAAAAUGUCUGCCUGUGGGAUGUGAUGGAAUUCUGGGAUCUGUGGUGGUCGAGGACUUUUGUGGAGUUUGUAACGGGGAUAAUUCUUCGUGUUACACUGUGAAUGGGACAUACAACAAAAUAGUGUCACCGGGAACAUACCAAGAAAUAGUCAGAAUUCCUAAAGGCGCAGUUCAUAUACGUGUGUCAGAAAUAGUGGAAUCUCUAAAUUAUUUAGCUUUGAAAAACAUGUCAAACAUGUUCCUGAUCAAUGGCGGUUGGACGGUAGAUUGGCCGCGGAUGUUCUAUGGAGCGGGAACGGUGUUUAAUUACGAGCGUUUGGAAGGACAACCAGAAGUAAUACACUCUACUGGGCCCACCACUGAGGAUGUAGUGUUUAUGAUAAUAUUGCAAGAACACAAUAAAGGAAUCUAUUAUGAGUACAACUUUCCAAAAAACACCUCAGGAUCGGCAGCAAACUCUUCUUAUAUCUGGAAACAUUUCUGGUCACCCUGCUCAGGAACUUGUGGCAAAGGAAGAAGGACUUCAGUUCCAGUUUGUGUCAAUAGUCAGGAUCAGUCGGACGCCUCAGAAACCCUGUGUGACAGCACCUCUAAACCAGAUACUAGAGAGGAGGAUUGCAACCAGAACCCGUGUCCUAGAGAAUGGUCAGUAAGCGACUGGUCCCACUGCAGUGUUACUUGUGGGGCAGGGAGGAAGAUAAGGACAGUCCUUUGUGUGCAGGUGGUCAGCCAAACAGAGAAGACCAUCCUCCCUGAUAGUGAUUGUGUGCUGCCCAAACCUAACCCCCACCGCCGCUGUCGAAGGACCGAUUGUCCCCCAGCUUGGGUAGCGGCAGACUGGGGAAAAUGUUCCUCAACCUGUGGUGAGGGGGAGCAGAAAAGGGACGUAAUGUGUAUGACCAGUGACCAGAGAAAAUACCUGGACAGUAAUAAGUGUCAAUCCGACCAGAAGCCAGCCGUUGUACAGAAGUGUAAUGACAAUGCCUGUCCAGGACCGGAGUGGAAAGCAGGGAAGUGGGAUACGUGCUCAGCAAAAUGCGGUAAAGGGAGACAAUCACGAGUGGUGGUAUGUCUGGACCACGCUGGUAAGCUGUCCAGUGGCUGUGAUGCCAGACUCCGGCCCACGCUGGUCAGGGAGUGUCAGUCCUACUGUGAGAGCAAGCACUCCCCCAGGCUAGAAUGCACGGAUCAAGACCACGCCCACUUCUGUCCACUGGUUGUGAAGCACAAGGUCUGUAACCGUGGUUACUUCUACAGGAUGUGCUGUCAGUCAUGUAGAGACGCUGAGCAAACACCUUAGGGUCUGUCCAGCUACAGCAAGAACUGAGAACUCGUUAAGACCUACACAGCCAGACUCAAUCUGAUCCAUCCAGAGUUACCUUGCAGUGGUGCAUCAGCUUUUUGACUGUCUAUGAGUUGAAGUGCCUAUCAACAGUCAUAUGUUUUUUUAAAACUCCAUUGUUUUGUGUGUAAAUUCUUCUAAAGAUUUUCUGGUCUUAGUAUAUGUAGUAUUUAGUGACAAUAACUAAUAUUGAUCUUUUUUACUCUCUAACAUGUAGAAAUUGCAAAAUACAUUUAUUUCAGUAGAACGUAGAUAGAAAUGGCCUAUUUCACUUUUUUUUAAAUAGGUAUUUUUAGAAAUGUUGUACUAAUUAUUUUGAGCUGUAAGUGUGGAAAAUUGUGCAUGGAGGGAAAGUUUGCAAAAUUUAUGACUCCUCAAGCAUUUGUCAAAUCCAAAAAAUUGUGUAUUUAAUUUAUGUAUGUAAGCUCGAAUUCAUUCUAGGUUACAGUUAUUCUUGUACGUGAGAUGAGGUGCCUUGAUGUCUUUUAUGCAAACCACAAAAGAAUAUAAUGAUUAUUGAACAUUGUAUACAGUAUAUACGUACAUGUAUCACAGGUUUAUAAUGUCUGAGCACUGUUAGGUUCAUCUUAUUAAAACAGUAGUAUUUUAA